AUGUUGUCUGCGCGAAAGAAUCAGGAUACAUUUGUCAUCAUUAUCAAACACGCGUGGGCUACCUGAUGGGCGUAAUACGCGCGAUAAUUGUCACAUGACCUUAAAGACCAAUUACAGCAGAGAAUUCCUGAUGUACGCCGCACAUUCCAAGUGGAAUUGGAGAUUUGCGAGAAACGCGGAAUAACUUGAUGGCCGUCGACGGCCGCGGACGGUUACGACGUAAACAGCUCGGGACGUGUGCAAAAUACACUCGUUACGCUCGUCCUUUAAACGAGAUGAUCUUCCUGAGAAGACGUUGGAAAUAAUGAAUGUAAGGUUAUUUCAUCUAUUAGCUUGUGUCCUUAAUUUUUAAUUUUCUGAGCAACUCCUUCGUUCUCGUCAGUGCCAAAUAUUAAAUUGUAAUCUUCUUUUUCCGUUAUUAUAUAAUUAGAACAGGACACAGAUUUGCUUCUUUUGUUGAGAAAAUUAGAAAUAAUUAGGGGAAAAACGGAGGUUUCGUUUAGUAGCUCGUGUCCCUAAUUUUCUAUACUAAGUGAUUUCUAUGCAUUACUUUGUUCUACCAAUUUUUUCGUUUAUUAACACCAUAUAUCGAACUGCAAUCUUUUCCGCGUUGUUUUUCAUUUUGCUCUUAUGUAAUUAAAGCAGCAGAUUCUGGUAAAAUCAUGGUUUCUCAUUUGCAAUUAUUUGUGUUUACAUAUAAAUAUACGAUAAAACACACGAGACGCGUUUAUAAAUCGUUAAAGUGCAUAUUGCGACGACGGCUAAUGAGUAAAUGUCGCGAAUUCGGAAAUUUUAAUUUUAAUGCAAUCUCACACGGUUUCUCUGCAUCUACAGGAGGGCUCUCAAUAAAUGAGUUUGAAACUUUCCAAUUGCUAUUCAUCAGCCGGGAUCCCUCGGAUACAUGUACGGAGUUUCAUUAAAAUCCGGAAUUUCCGAGUUUGCGAGCUUUCCCUGGUGGAGCCUCGCGUUCAACUUUUUGUUAACAAGCUUUUUGUCACUCACCGGAACUACAACUCGAGUCCAAGUUCGACGAUAUAGCCAGCGGUCUUGACGCAACGCAAACUCGUCUGCCAAGUGUUACUUGCGGCAAGGGAACGUGUGGGAGCGAGGAAGGGUAGAAAACGGACACUUGGCUCGGACUUCUCUCCGUCGUGCUAAGAAUCGAAACCGGCUGAAGGAACUUGGACGUGUUUAUUUUCCAAUGCCACAGUUAUGCGGAAAUAAUCCCCGUGUUUGUUCGCGAUGAUAGGAACGUGAACGCUAGCACGAUCGAUGAGACGGCUCGCUUCUCGCACGUCGGCUUUCGCGGCGUCGCGGAAAAACCGAGGUCGUCAUGUUCCGCGCGAAACUUAGCGCGCGAGGGGUGCGUUGUCGUCAGACGGGAUGCGCGCGGAGGUGCGUUUCGUCGUUAGCCGGUAGAUAAGGUCACGCGAAGCGUGUAGAGUCUUCGCGAAUCGAUCGUCGACGCGUAUUCGAAGCUUUCGCGCGCGCGUUCCUGGGACACGUGUGUGUGUGUGGAUAUAUGUGUACGUGCAAACUUUGUUCUUCCUAUACACGAGGCGUACGCGCCACGUCGUCCCGCGCUGUCGUGCAUGCGCUCAUCGCUCUACGCGGCUCUACUUGUCGCCUGGAUUUUCUUCCAUCGCGUAGAAUUAUAAUGCGAAACGUAUAUAGGAUAUACCGUAAUCUAUCAUGUGUCACUCAGCGAACUUAGCCUGGUAGAUUAUCGCGCAAGUGUCACAGUUGUGGAAGUAUCAUUUUUUAACAUUUGAAAUGCACUCGUUGCGAUAGUAAAUAUUAGCUGCGUUUAGCAGAAAACCAGCUAGUCAGCGCUUUCCACUGCGUUCUACACAAGAUUUUCUGCUGAACGACAUCUAGUGAUUUAUAUUGCUUCAACAUGUUUACCAAGCGGUCCAGCGUAGUAUGCUGGAAAAAAUGGCGACCGUAUGGUAAACAUGUUGCAAAAGCGUAACCCGCUGAUGUAGUUUGACAGAAAAUCUUACAACAUUUGCAAACUGCUGGCAGUACAGCGCAAAGCGUUUAUUAAACCGUUUUCUCUGCUGAGCGCAACAAUUGAACCGUGUCACUAUUAUCUUGAAGCGAUAAUAUUCCCCCCGUAUUUUUAAUCGUAUCAAAUGCGAUAGUAAUAGAGUUAGCAACGAGAGAAAAAGCUUCGUUAUAAUAAUGCUCUCUCACACACAGAGCAGGUUUUACCGCCACGGUUUUGCACAUUCGCGUAAACUUGCCUCUCGAAAGCUUUUUCAUCCCGCAAAGUUGAUAUAACUUAUGGGCAAAGCGCUCACCUUAAAAUUAAGGCGGCGAGGUGCGCCGGACUCUGACGAGAUUAGAUUUUGACGCGCUGCGAAACUUUAACCUUACGUAAAUAAUGCGACUCUAUUUCGCCGAUAAAUUGUUCUCUUCCGCGUUUCUGUGAUACAUCUUAUAAAUAGAUGAGACGUGUAAAUGCGUGUAUGCGCGUGUACACACGUAAGACGUAUAUAAAUACGCGGUAUAAAUUGCGAUUAAAGAGAGAUAUUAUUCGCUGGUCUCGUCAUAACUUCGCACAAAUUGAUUUUUGUUACGUUGAAAAUUGCAACUUUAUCACGUCGCGUUUUUCCGAUUUUUGAAUUUUUGAGUUUUUAAUUUUAUAUUUUAUUGGUAUAUAAAUAUGCUUUGACGUAUAUAAAAAAAAAAACAAUUGAAAUUUACCGGACAGAACAAAUUAUUCUGUACGAACGAAACGUCAGACUUUUUAAAUCGCAGAACAACGACAGGAUGUAGCGGGUUUAUGUGAAUAAUUGACCAGCGACAAUAUCCACUAAAUAACAAAUUGUUUGGAAGAUUUUCAGUCGACGAUACUUCCAUAAUCCAUCAACCGCCCGUUCCUACUGUAUAAUACAGGCGGACAAUCGAAUUGCGUGACAUAAGUCUGCAUUCGCAUGUUAUACGGAUGAUCGAGAUCGCAUUACGCUGCCGCAAUCGCGUGCUCGAAUAUUUUGCCGGAACGGCUCUUUCGUUGCCGACAUUGUCCCUCUCGCAUGUUACAAAUACAUAAAUAUGCAAAAAACCGCACCCACUCGUUAUAAUUGGCGAUACACGGGGUUUAUUUGUAGCCGCGCGAAGUCGCCGCGAGUUCGUUUAAUUAAGAAUAGCGGUAUUAAAAUUUAUGAUUACCGCGGAAUGCGAAUUACCGCUGCGGCUGCAGAGGCGGGAUUUCGCUUUGACCUACGGGGUGGACCCAAAUCUGCGACAAGGAGCGGCACAGCGUGAAAAUCCGUCGGAAAUCAAACGACGAAAAUGCCGGCUUAAUCUUUCACUUCGGACUCCGUUAUUGUUUUAAACUGAAGCGUGCUUCAAUCAUUAAAUUUUCUGUCUGCGGGUAUGUAUAUAAUGCUAUAAUCACCUCUAUCGCAUCACCGACGGUGGCAAAUGAGAAGAAAACCAAGCCCUACGGGCGUCAUAAGCGUCCUUUUAUUCAUUUUGUUCAUUUUUUUUGAAAAAAACGCGUCACGUCUAGAAUUAGCCGCGUAUAACGACUAUUCGUUACCGAGAAACAGAUAAUGCGCACGCGUAUGCAAACGGGCGCGAAACGAUGAGUGACGGAUAGUCGUUUGACAGGUAAUACAACAACGAGAAAAAUUGGAAGGAUCCGAGCGCUCCGUGUUCCCUCGAAUCACGGGAGGAUGCGCAAAAAAAAGAUUGAUUCAAAGGGGAACCCUUUGGGGGGAAGGGAGUCAAGGGGCGAAAACGAUGUCAACGACACGCGCUCGUAUCCGUCACGGAAUCGCGUCGCGGCUGUAAGCCCGUCGAUCGGCGCGGCGCAGGGUGCGGGGGAUGACGUCAAGCCCCCGGUGAACUGCGAACUUGUAAGUCAGUCCGCAGCUGACACGGGGGUACCAGCUCGCUGGGUUCACCAUGCAACGGGUGGCCGGCCGGAAAUAAAUCCGCAUAGUAGUGCAUGCGGUACGCGUGCAAGAAGGAGGAGGAAGAGAAGAAGCGAAGGAGGGAGGGAGUCUGCGUUACCUUCGUGCUGCAUCGCGCCUGCCGAUUGCCACCUCACAUCGUCCCUCGUGCGUCGGCCCGCCGCAUGCACAUGUGUUCCCUCGUUCUCCACCGGUCGGGGGGUUGCUGAGAAAGGGUGUGCUCGAUUUCUCGAGACGCGAUCCAAAUUGCUGCGAUCUCUACUCUCUCGCGUAAGAGGGAACCGAAUUCAGAUCGGCCGGUCACGAUCAGGCGGGGAGAGAAAAAUUGAGAGAAAGACUGAAGGAGCGAUCGUGGCUGCACCGGCUGCACCGUGCUCGUCGUAUGCGUGCGUACGCAUAUGUGUGUGAGUUACGAUACCAAACGAGUCUGCAGAAGAAGCGCAACGUGGUGCAGCGGCUGGUAGCGGCGCCGACCGACUGACUGAACUCCUCCUGUCGCAGUGUGAGCGAGCGCGGCGGCCGCGCUCGCUUUCUCGCGCGGGUCGAUCGAACACGUUCCGCGCACCGCGCCUCUCCCUCACUCUUUCUCUGUCUAUCUAUCUGUCUGUCUCGCUCUAGCCCUCCCUCGCGGCGAUGAAGCCACCCUCGUGGAAGCGCAACGCACCCUUCGUCGCUGUCGCCGCCGUCUCCCUCGCGACGACGCCGUCGCCUACGAAAAAGCGCAUUCGUUGCAGUCGUCGCCGCGUGAAACUUUCGUGCUCGUCUCACAUCGCUAUUCGCGGUAGCGAAGUGGCUGGUGCUCUCUUGAAGGGCGCGAAUUUCGAGACUGUAGCGCAUAGUGCAGAUUGGCGGGGGAACCAGUAGGAAGCCGGGAAAGCAUAUAAACAAAAGUUUCGUCCGAUAACCGUAUUUGCAAUUUUAGCGUAAAUCUGAAAAGACGUCAAGCAGAUAGAUUACUACAAGAACAGUUUUCCAAAAUCCCCAAAGAACUCUCGCGACAUUUUUCCUCUCCCGAUGAGCCAAGGAGAUUUUUCACAUAGGCACUUAUGCACCCCCGAUCAGCAUACUUAUCUCGUUUCAUUCCCUCUCACCCCUCGACUACCGCAGGCACUUUCAUGCCCCCCGCAGUUUGCCGUACCCACUCAACUGUCCGUCGUCUCUCGCGCAUUUCGCGCAAACACAUUUGUCACCACCUGACUGUGACCCACCCCCCUCGUUGCCGUACUUUAAGUUCGGCUGCACCUCGCUGAGAACCACCACGCCGCAUCGACAUCACCAUGGCAACCGUUUAGGAUCUGAGGGGGUUGGUCACCCCCCGACCACCAUGAACGACUGCCUGUCGUUGAACGCGACCGCCUGUCGCGUCGCUCAACUGGCGCGGGAAAAGGAAGAGAAACGUGCCCUGGAGCGUCGGCGGCAUCUUGUUUACCUGAUCGCUGCCUUCUUACGGGAACAAGGAUAUUCCAAUACUGCGGAGAGCCUCUUGAAGGAAGCGCAACUCUCCCGGGACGUUCACGUAUGCGAUAAUAUCGAUCUGGAGACCAUCAUUCUCGAGUACGCUGAUUAUUAUUACGCCAAGUACAACAGAUACCCCAAGUUCUGCAAGAAGGCGGAAGCAGCCGGGAAUGUCACGCAAAAUACCUGCGGUAAGAAGGAGAGAGUCUCGAAAGUUCUUAAUUUGAAACAAGAGGACGGCCGAGCCGUCGGCGACGAGUGUAACAAUAUCGGCAAGAGCAGGGUCACGCAGAAGCACGGCGGUAUCCUCCCGCCGAACGAGCUGAAUCUCGGCAUCACGGUGACGCCGAUUUUCCCGGCGGAAAGCGGCGAUCGAACGGCAACGAUACAGCCGAUACAGAUGUUCGACGAAGCAUUCACCGAUAAUAACGAGAGGAUACUGAAACCUAUCGGCAAUCUCUACCCAGCCGGCUCCGAGCUGAAGGAGAUCGCCGACGUUAUAUCGCGGGAAAUCGUGCAACAAAACUUGAACGUUCACUGGGACGACGUAAAGGGGCUGAAAUUUUGUAAAGCGUUACUGAAGGAAGCCAUAGUCUAUCCAAUGAAGUAUCCGACUUUGUUCAGCGGGAAACUCGGUGCCUGCAAAGGUGUCUUGUUAUACGGUCCACCGGGAACUGGUAAGACGAUGCUCGCGAAAGCCGUCGCUACUGAGUGCCAAUCGACCUUUUUCAACAUCACCUCGAGCUCUGUCAUCAGCAAGUGGAGAGGCGAUUCCGAAAAAUAUAUUCGCGUGCUCACCGAUCUUGCCAAACAUUACGCGCCCACGAUCAUUUUCAUCGACGAGAUCGACUGGACGACCACGAAGAACGCGGAUUACGCCUCGUCGAGCUCGGAACCUGCCAGGAGAUUUCGAGCGGAACUUCUCGCCAGAUUAGACGGGCUGUUAUCGAUGGAAUACAUGAAUGUGAUAUUGUUAGCGGCUACAAACGUUCCAUGGAACAUAGACGUCGCCCUGUUGAGACGUUUAGAGAAGCGGAUCUUCGUGGAUCUACCUGAUCGGGCCAGUCGAUUGGAAAUCUUGCGAUUUUACGUGCACCGCGAUCUGCACGAGUCGCCGGAGAUGUCGGAGCUCGUGCGAGAAACCGCCGGCUAUUCGUGCGCGGAUCUGAAACUAUUGUGCAAGGAGGCGUGGAUGAAUCAAUUACGGCCCGUUUGGACCAGACUUGAGAGUAAGGCUCUCACGGUGAAUGAUAUUCAGAACGACGGUCUGAUCAAUGCGAUGAGCCACAUCGCGCUCGCUAAGAACACCGUGAAACCGAUCGCCAAGCACAUGAGCGACCAGUACGUUAAAUGGCACGAAGAAUUCGGUUCCUUUGGAUAAUCUUUUGUACAGAUGUAGGCAAGCUUGAAGCCAAUUACACUAGGAAAAUGCGAUACGCGCGAUUAUUUGGUCAGUAAGCGGAGUUUUUCGUAAGUGCGAAGCAAUAACAAUUUCGCAACGUGUAAUCGAGAUUCAUCCGCGCAAGUACCAUGUUAUAAUUUAUUCACGUUACAGCGCCAGUUACGUUAAAAGAGCAAAAGCAGAUAUUAUAUUUUUAAUUUAAUUAAUCAAGUCAAAU